CAUCUGCUGGCGAUUCCAAGAUGCUUACAAAAAAACCACGCCAUUGAUCCAUUCAUCGCCACCAGAUUUAUUUGAAAAUAAUCAAAGAGACUCUUCUCGUGCAUCACUCCCACACAACUACUGAGACACCAGCCACAGCUUUCUUUCAUCGAAAUAAAGCAGGUUGGUUUUAGAUACAAUCGUUUCUUUCCAACACCCAUUACAGCCAUUUAUAGAUCUAUUUUGCUCAAAUCGUUUGGUUUAAGGUUUCGAGAUGGUAGCACAAGAAUUCACUGUGGAUUUAGACAAGCCUCUUGUCUUCCAGGUUGGUCAUCUUGGAGAAUCUUAUCAAGAAUGGGUUCACCAACCUAUUGUUAGCAAGGAAGGCCCUCGGUUCUUUAAAAGUGACUUCUGGGAGUUUCUUACCCGCAAUGAGUGGUAUGUAAUUCCGUCUAUUUGGCUCCCCGUUGUAUGUUGGUAUACCUCCAAGUCAUUCAAGAUGGGUCAUACACUUCCUCAGAUAGCAAUAAUACUCGUUAUGGGUAUUUUUGUUUGGUCACUCCUGGAGUACACUCUGCAUCGUUUCCUUUUUCACAUCAAAACAAAGAGUUACUGGGGGAACACCCUUCAUUAUCUUCUUCAUGGUUGUCAUCACAAACAUCCUCAGGAUGGAUUACGUCUUGUUUUCCCUCCUACUGCAACAGCAAUUCUACUGGUGCCCUUCUGGCACUUCGUAAAACUGAUAUCGACCCCUACCGUUGCUCCUGCUUUGUUUGGAGGGGGAUUGCUGGGUUACGUGAUGUAUGAUGUCACCCAUUACUACCUGCACCAUGGCCAACCAAGAAACCAAGUUCCUAAAAAUCUCAAGAAGUACCAUUUAAAUCAUCAUUUUCGAAUUCAAAACAAAGGAUUUGGCAUAACGUCGUCUUUUUGGGACAAGGUGUUUGGAACAUAUCCUGAGUCGAAAUCAGUUGAGAAAGAAAAGAUGAUGCAGCAGUGAUGAAUGAAUGAAAAGUUGUAUGUUUAGGUGAAGAUAGCAGAGCAUUUUGAGCAUGUUAGCAAGCAUUGUUUUGAAUGUUGGGUGAGGGUGUAUUUUUAGCCAAGCUUUUGAUGAUAUUUAUGAAAUUAUUUAUACAGUUAUGUUUUUUUGUAUUGCCCAUGCCAUGAAACUAGUUGCUGCUGGGCUGUUUAGAAGGCAAAAGCUACUAAUAAAACACACUCCAUGUUGCUGCAAAUGAAGAGGGAAGAAAAAGGACGCCUUUAGUGUAGUGUAGCAUGAUGUGGGGUUCUUGAACUCGAGAUCGAUAAGUUGUGUUUUGUUUUGCCCGUUUUUAAGUAUCGAUCGUCGUCUUUGUCUUGAUCCUUUGAUGGGUUCUAUUUUUCUUGGGAUGAAGAUGAGUAUUGAUCUUGAAUGGAA